GCACGAUUUCGCGAAGGCUAAAUAAAGGUUGAACAGACCAUAGUCGGGACUGGCAGCAGCAAUUUUCAAUCGAUUGCGAAGAUAUGUCGAAUUAUUUUUCGAGUCCUCUGGGGUCAACAAGCCCCUCAUCUAAUGGUGCAGGGCAAUCCCCUCUCUCACCACCCGGAGUUGCUGCUCCUCGUUCCACCGCACUCUCCAACAAACUAAAUAGUGUCCUUUCCGCAUCUUAUGCGGACUCGGACAUCCGGGGCGCCCUUGAAAUCUUAGACGAUAGGGGAAUUCAAAACACCCCAGAGACGAGGAGGCAGUUGAAACUUGAUGUCCAAAAGGAAGUUAUUGACAGCAAUGGCAAGAUUGUGCAGGAUUUUAGCAAAGUUGCGGAGCAACUCAAAAGAAUCGGGACCGUUAUUUCAAGUCUUAACAAUGCAUGCGAGGAGAUGCGCAGGCACAUAGUCUUAGCAUCACAAGAAACAGCGCCCGUUCUAGAGGAGGCUACGAUAUUGAUGAGCCAGCGACGAGAAGUUGAAACAAAGCAGAAACUUCUAGAUGCAUUCAAUAAACAUUUUAUCAUGUCUGAAAACGAACUUGCAUCCCUUACGUCGACCGCGGAACCUGUUAAUGACCAUUUUUUCCACGCUCUUGCACGUAUGAAGCAAAUACACAAGGAUUGCGAAGUAUUACUAGGAAGCGAAAACCAGCGGCUGGGACUGGAAAUAAUGGAACAAAGCUCAAAAAACCUGAAUACUGCAUUUCAGAAACUCUACAAGUGGAUACAAAUGGAGUUCAAGUCCCUGAAUCUUGAAGAUCCCCAAAUCAGUAGCGCGAUUCGCCGCGCACUUCGAGUCCUAGCUGAAAGACCCAGCCUUUUCCACAAUUGUCUCGACUAUUUUGCUGAGGCAAGAGAGUAUAUCCUUUCCGAUUCUUUCCAUACCGCCCUCACAGAUGUUCCCUCUGGCCAGGAGAGUGACAUGGCGGCCAAACCAAUUGAGUUCUCUGCGCAUGACCCUCUACGCUAUGUAGGGGAUAUGCUCGCAUGGGUUCAUUCAGCUGCAGUAUCCGAACGAGAGGCUCUGGAAGCUCUCUUUAUAACAGAUGAGGGAGAAAUUGCGAAGGGAAUUCAAGCUGGAGUCGCCAGCGAGCCGUGGUCUCAGGUUGACGAAGGGGAAGUGGUGUUCGACGGCCGAAAGGCGCUGAACGACCUCGUCACCCGGGAUUUGAAUGGGGUUGCACGUUCUUUACGCCAGAGGGUUGAGCUAGUUCUUCAGGGUCACGAGGACGCCGUUACACUAUACAAAAUCAUUGGCCUUCUGGCAUUUUACGAAAAUACUUUUUCUAAGCUUGUCGGACGAGAAUCAGACUUAGUGACCUCGAUCGCGUCCUUGCAGGAGUUUGCAUUCAACCACUUUCAAGUCCUGAUGCAGGAUCAAGUUGCCGCCGUUUCAGCCGAGCCUGAAAAUCUCACGCCUCCCGCAGACCUUAGCACGCCUCAAUUCCUCACCGACGCACUAGACAACCUUAUCUCUUUGAUGAAAGCAUAUGACUCGUCCUUCGCAAACGAACAUACGAAGGAUUCAUCUAGCGAAAAUAAAUUCACUCCAAUUGUCCGGACGGCCUUGGACCCGUUUCUGGAACUAGCCAAGACGUCAUCAAAUACCCUAUCCAACCCAACAUCACGAGCCGCUUUCCAAGUCAACUACCUUCUCUCCACCCGAGAUGUCAUAUCCCCCUAUCAAUUCGUCUGUGUCACACAUCUGCCUCCACUCACCAAUACCUUGACAACCCUAAGAACUCACCUCCUCGAAAUCCAACAUGACUUCCUCCUCAAAGCAUCCGGUCUACACGUGCUUCUUACCGCGCUAAAACCAUUCACAUCAUCACCACUCCUAGCAACCCUGCCUCCCAAUUCCCCUCCUUCCUCCACAGCUAUAACUACUGUAGAACGGACGCCUCCUAGCUCCCUUCCAGACCUCGCAACGAUCUCCUCUUUACCUGAAUUUCAAUCGGCGACCCUCUCGUCAAUUAGUCAACAACUCGAUGAUUUCCUACCUUCUGCACUGGUGGACGCAACAGAGAACCUCAAAGCCAUCCAUAGUCCUACUCUUGUGAAGAGCGUGACGGAGGAAGCCGCCGAAGCCUUCUGUAUUGAUUUUGAGUUUGUGGAAGGCAUGAUAUUGGGCGCGGAUGAGGCGCGAGGGAAGUCUGUCGUUGGUGAAGAUGGUGACGAUGCGGAAGCGGAGGAAGAGGAAAUAGACGUGGAAGAGUCACAUGUAGAUAAUUGGAGACUGCGCUCCUUGUUCCCCAGGACGACUGGGGAAAUUAGAGUACUAUUAAGUUAGGCUUUGCUGGACACAUAGGGGCUUGUUCUCGAUGCCCGCAUAUGUACAGUUCAUUUACUACGAGGAAUAUUAUAAGUAUAUCGGCUUGAUAUCUUUUGCAUAUAGUCUUCUCCCCCUCGUAGUUUCCCGGAUAAUUAGACAGACGUGUAACUAUGCUCAGCAGAUCCUGCACACUUUUAUGUUUCUCGAUUCCUUGCGUAUCAGAUCGAGUAUUCAGAAGGCAUCAAUUUCCUAGCACGCAUUUGAUCAGGUAUCUUUGAUUAGAUUCUAUAAUCGCCUAUGAUAUCCUGGUGUGGCUGAGUGCACAUAUCGUUCCAUCCCAAGAUAAGAAAGAAAAAGAGACAAAAAGCAAAAACUCAAGAACUAGUCCAAAUCUCAUAAGGGUCAUGAUCCAUUUCGCUCACGCUGACAGUAAAGUUUGAAUCACUCAGCCAAUCCCUUAUGUCUCUCUCACCAUCGCUUCCCGCCAACGCAGCCGCCUCCUGGGCGCGCACCGCAUCCCAUUCACCCCGCAGCGCCUCCUCCAGCUUCCCCCGCAUGACCGCGCUCAGAUACCCGCGCUCAGAAUCAGAAUGGAAGAGCGACACCACAGCAGCCCCAUUCUCAAUCGCGGCCAGGGCAUCGUGAUGGCUCAUCUCGCCCGUAACCAGCACGUCCGCGACGGGUUUCCCGUUCUUCAUCAGGAUCGAGGAGCCGGAGCCGGCACAUGUGGCAAUGGUGCGGAUGUCGGGCAUUUCUAGUAUUCCUUUGCCCUGUGGCAGAGCAAUGGGGAUGCCGUCGGGUUUAUCUAGGUUGGCCAUGAGAUUCGCGAUAACCAAUUUUAAGGGGCCGGGCUGCUUCAGGGUAGCUAUGCGGCCCAUGCCGGCGGCUUCGAAUCCGGGAGGUGGGUUUUGUUCCGGGUAAAUGACGGAGCGGUUGUGGGGGGCGAAUGUGCCUCUAGGGCUGGACUUGGGUUGGAGGGCGACGUCCAAGAGCCAAUCUGCCAUUCCGCCGGGGGCGGCAUCAACGGCUGUGUGUGGGCUGUAGACGCUGAUACCGUUUUGGGCAAGACGGAGGAGCGAGUCUUGUUGCGGAUCGUUUAACGUAAGGGACUUGAGGCCGCGGAAAAUUAUUGGAUCUAUCCAUUUUUGAAGAGUCCGGAGGUUUUGCUAAUCAGCCGAGACUUGCGAGAUAGAUGGGGCGGGUGGGUUGGAUGCUGGGACAUUUGUCAGAACUGCCUCACGUACGGUAUGCAAUAAUGAUAGAAUCCCCACGCUCAAUUGCUUCAUUAGCCACAGCCUUCGUCAGAUCAAUAGUCAAUAGGACUGAAUUCUUUUGUCGCCUUGUAAAACUAAAUGGGGAUUCCAGAAGCACUACAAGCAAGUCAAUGUUAGCCGAUGCUGACAUUGAGUUUCAAUCGGAGUUCAAAAAAUCAACUCACGGCCGGUAUUAUCAAACGAUUUAUCUGCUAGGCAUUCAGGGUAUCUUCCAUGACAGCAAGGUGUUUAGUUAACAGAGCAAAAGAAUAUUGAAGCAGCCCAUCACUGCCAUCGAUGAGGGUUGAGUUAGCUUACAGUUUCCUCAUUGAGUCCACGACUGCUCUGGUGAAAGGAGAACACGAAGUUGAAUUGGAACUAGUCAUGGUUGAAAAGUGCCUCAGAGCAGACUGGAUCAUUGGCCUGAGAUGCGGCACCGGGGUAUUUUAAGAGAUGGAAG